GCGGAAGCGCUGCACUUAGUCCGAUGGAUCGGUAUUAUGCAGUUUUUCUGUUGGUGUGCGUGAUUUGGAGUGGUUAUUGCGUCAGUAUUAUGACGGUGUCGUUGAAUGACACGGAGCGGAACUGCGACCUUGCCAAUGGACAAGACUUCUGUUAUUUCGGUUACGGGAGUAACUUGCUGCGGGAGCGGUUGCUGCUUAAGAAUCCUUCGGCCGUACAGGUCGCUGUGGGCUGCUUGAAGGGCUAUAAGCUUGCAUUUGGCUUUCCCAUGUUGCAUGAGAACAACUGGGGAGGAGGUGCUGCUACUAUUAUCACAAGUCCUGAAGAUGACGUAUGGGGAGUUAUAUGGCGUAUGAAAGCUGCUGAUCGGGCCUCUUUAGAUGAUCAAGAAGGUGUGAAGAAAGGGUUAUACAGUCCAACUGAAGUUAUAAUUCAGCGAGAAAAUGCAGGAGAUCACACAUGUCUAACCUACCAAAUGAAUAAUUUUACUUCUGCCUUGCCAUCCCCAAUUUACAAAGAGGUAAUCUGUACAGGUGCAAAACGGGGUGGAUUGCCUGCUGAAUACAUUAAGAAAUUGGAUGCUAUAAAAACUAAUAAUUACAAUGGAACAAACCCAUUAACAUUGGAAAUUAGAGAGAUUUUGAAUCAACUGCAAAACAACAUCAGUGUAACAGAUUGACUUUGGAAAAGUUGUAUUAUAUUGUCCAGAAGGCAGGUAUUUUAACCAUUCUGAUUCUUCGAUUAUGUUGAGUUGCAUUUGAAAUCUAAAGUUGUAGAAAUUUUAAAAAUUGACUAAUGGUAUUGAAGCUGCUGUAGAUCAUUCAAACUAUAAAGCACAAACAUUGUGACACCGAGUAGGUAGAAGAUUUUAGCCACAUUUUUCACUGAUCACUUCAUGCAAUGUUUAAUGUUUUAAAUGAGGUCAGUUGUUUCUGUGUUGAUCUUGGACUAAUUAAGUCCUCAAACAGUGAUUCUUUGUCUCUUAAUUGUAAAGACUUUUAUUAGAUUAUAGGGUGAUGGUGAAAAGGCCUGCCUGCCCUAAUUUCUGCUUUCAUUGUACCAUAAUAUAGCAAUGGCCAUGUUAUCUGGGAAAAUGUUAACAUUGGUAACCAGUAUGAUCUCUUAACAAUUUGAACAUCAUUUGAGGACUCAUGGCUGUAUUAUAUCUCAGUUUAUUAAUUUUUUGAAAAUCUUGUCAUAAGGCAAUUUGACUACAUGUAAUGUAAUGAGAAUGUAUCUUAUGUAAAAUAAACCUAGUUUAUUGAAAA